AAAGUACAUGGGAAUAUUGUAGAGACAGAAGUGGCUACUACAGGACAAAGAACAGCAUACUGAGAUAGGUUUGGCCACCCUAUUUUUAAAUUAAGAUGGAUCCAAACUGGAGUGUGCUGAGAAUGAAAAGACUGAACAAGUUUCCUAAAUUUCUACAUAUGGACAAAUGCUAAUGAAACUUGGUUUGCUUCUUCAGCGAAGAGAUGUCCAGGUCCCGCCCAUAUGGAGUUUAGACAGCAAUUAUCCUUAUAAACAGACACUUUCUCUUGCACCCUCCAGCAGUAGAGCACAGAUAUUAGAGUUCUUCCUCCUGCUGUGCCACCCAUGGACAUGGUGAACCUGAAUCCCCAGUUAGAAAAACAGGCUACCAAACUGGUUUCCAAGACUGAGCCAUUUUGGUCUAGUUGUAUGUGAUCCUGCCCCUCUGCUGAAGCCCUGCCUGAGGUCCCUUCCAGACCAGAUUUCUGUUGAUUGUGUUAUUUUUAUUUCCUGUUAAAUGAAAAAAAAAAAAAAAAGACAUAACCAAUUAGCAAAACUUUAUCAAACUUCUACACAGAUAGCUGUAAGUAAGCCUUCAUUUUCUGACAUUCUCUUUAGACUUAUUCAGACUAUGAGAUUAUUCUAGCUUUUUACUUUAAGAAUGUUUUCUUCCCACCCACUAUGAAUGCCAAGCCUGUCAAUCACGCUAACAACAACAAAAUCCAUAUGGGACAGUUUAAGGAAGAAGAACAGACAUGAGAAACUGCUCCUUUAACUUAUUUGGAACCAACUCCAGCACGCCUUCCUAGGUACCUCACUUCUGACCACAGUCAGAAAUAAGAUGCCAGGCUGGAUGAACUUGUGGUCUGAUUCUAUCAAGUCUUUCUCACUGGAUAGCAACAUGGCCACAAAACUACCAUCUCAAGAGGAAUUUGAGAACUGGACAGCUUUUCAAGUUGCAGAUCUCCUAAGACAGUUUGGAAUGCCUGAAUCUGCUGUGGUUAUAGAAAAACUGGGCAUGAAUGGAUCUCAUUUCUUGAAUAUAUCAGAUUAUGAGCUGAGCCGGUUCAAAAUAAUGCACCAGCCGAAGCUUCAAAAGAUGGUGCAUGACAUGAAGAAAAAUGAAAGUGGGAUAAUAAACAAGUUCAAAAAGUUCCAAAAUGAACAAGUGGCCUUAAUUUGCAAAACUGGGAAAGAUACUUGGGAUCGGCUAAAAAAAAAACCGCCACCAAGUCUUCCACGAAGGGAUUAUGCUGCAGAACAUGCAGACAAUGAAGAUGAACAAUGGUCAGAUGAUUUUGACAGUGAUUAUGAAAAUCCAGAUGACCACUCUGACUCUGAGAUGUAUGUAGUCCCCAGUGAAGAGAAUCCUGAUGACAGCUAUGAGCCGCCUCCAAGUGAGCAGGAGAAAAAGAAGAUUCCGUCUGCAUUCCCUAUUUCUAGGGGUGAAUAUGCAGACAAUCGCACCAGUCACCAACAGCUCCCUCCCAUCAGCAAAGCUCUCCCAAGUACACCCAGUCCAGCCACAUCUAGACCAAAGAAACCAUCUGUGCCAUCCCUGCCAGUGCCGUCUCCUGCUGCAAAACCAAAAGUACCACCAAAGCCUAAGGAGUGUAGUGAUGAUGAGGAUAAUUACAUUGUGCCAGUGGACAAUGAUGACGAUAACUAUAUUGAACCCACAGAAAGCAGCAUGUCACUACCUACAAAAUCUCCUGUGAAGGCAUUUAUGAAGACAACAAAGUCAGCCCCCCCUACUUCUCCAAAGCCGCCUCUUGCUUCUGAUAUGCAAGAAGUCUAUGAGGUCCCUGAAGAAGAGGAAAAACCAGUACCACCACCGGUAGCCAGGUUUGCUAAGCCACUUCCAUCAGUGCCUGCUCAGAAUACGGAGCACUCCCACAUGCACAGAGAGUCACCUAAGCUGGAUACUUCCAGAAAUAUUUUGCCUCUUCCCAGAAAUCGUCUUCAUCCAAAACCAGAACAUGAAGCAAACAAUAAUCAUGAAAAUCAUAGCUUCAAUAACACACGGGAAUCCAGAUUUCCCACUGGACCAGCUCCAUCUCCGUUGCCAAGGGGCCUAAAGAAAACUUCUAAUGUAAUAAAUUCACCAAAACCAUGUCUACCUCCCAGAGACACCUUAACUGCAAAUGAAGAAAGACCCACAGCAGCAGAACAACGACGAGGUUCCAGCCAAGAGCUUCUGCUUCCACCUUUUCCAAGUGGUGUCCAAAAGCCUUUGCUCCCAAAGUCCUCAAUUCUGCCAAAAGUGCCAGAAGCUGCAAACCGUUCUCUGGGUACUCCCUCUCACAGCAGUAUUUCAUCUAUUUCAAGUACUGCAGAUCAGGAUGCUGGUGUUCAUAGUAAAGCAUGGUAUGCUGCUACAUGUGAUAGGAAAACUGCAGAAGAUGCACUGUACCAAUCGAAUAAGGAUGGAUCUUUUUUAGUAAGAAAGAGUUCUGGACAGGAUUCACGGCAACCAUACACACUGGUGGUGUUUUACAACAGAAGAGUGUACAACAUCCCUAUAAGAUUUAUUGAAUCAACAAGACAAUAUGCACUGGGCAGAGAAAAAAGUGGUGAAGAGCGCUUUGACAGUGUUGCUGAAAUAGUAGAGAAUCAUCAGCACACCUCCCUGGUUCUAAUUGACAGCCAAAACAACACAAAAGACCGUACGAAACUGAAACACAUUGUAAGAGUUUCUUAAUCAAACUGAACUGCUAAAACGAAGACUUGUAAUCAUUUACUUCAACAACCGAAAACAUAUGGAUUGGGUAUUAAAAGAAGAAAAUCAAAACUGAUGGAAAUACUCUUUAAGAUCACCUACUGAAUAAGAGAUGGAGUUCAUAAAGUUCAACCCCGUGUCACUUCUAUUGGAAAAGUACUCACAUUUAACACAAGAAGCCAAAGCAGAUAUGCUCUCAUCUGUGAUUUCCAUCUGUGAACAACUGUAUACCACAGCCUUUGACUGCUAUUUAAAGAUAGAUUUCAUCUAGGACAUUUUCACUUUAAAAGUAAGAAUAUCCACAGUGAUCUGCUCUUCAUUGUGUUUACCACAGAUCACUGCUUGUAGCAAUGACUUUGUAAAGUGCACAGCCCCAGAAGAGCAACUCAGCCUAAUGUACUACUGUGUAAAAACUGAAAAUAGGACUGUACUUCAAGUGAUUAGUGGCAAUAAAGCUGUCUGAAUGUUUUAGAUUGACAUGUGUUGUCCUUUUUCUCAGCUUUAAUCUGUUUCAUUAAUAUUUGUAUUUUCAAAUGUCUAAAUAAAAGUAAGAGGCAUUGCUGACAUUUCUCAGCAUUCUUCCAGUAAGAAAGCAUUGCUUUACUGCCAUUGUGGUUUUAACCUAUAUAUUUGUAUGUGCUCCUUUGCAAGCUGUUGUUAUGAAAACUUAUCACUUUUUACAGCUUUAGCACAUAUACUUAGCUUAACAGCUCUCAAAGCUUUUGUCUUCAGCUUGCCUACUGCUGGUGACCAGUUGAUAAACCAAUGUACCCACCCAGUUCUUGCAGAAUGGGUUUACAGACACACAAGCCUGUUCUAUCACAGUGGUUUACUUAUUGUAUUACUGUAAACAAAUUUUCACAAAGGUUGAAGUGGCUAAAAUUAAAUUUGAAUAUAUAAAUGGCAGCAAUGAAAAACUUAUGAGAACAACUGUUAGUUAGUUCUAGAGGUGUUUGAUUUCCCUGGACCUGAAAAUUCAUCUGUCUUAAAGGUAUUUUUCUGUCUCCAAAGACACCUGCUUUGUUCUGUUCCAGAUUAGGCAGUGUUCUCUAAGACUAUCUGCAAGGCAUUUAAGGCAAAAUUGAGCCAAGCCUUGAGAAGUCUCAGCCAGUCACUUAGAACUAUGGUGUAGCUGUAUUCUGCCACUACUUCUUUGCGGUUUUGAUUAGUUACUUCUACACAUAAUGCCCCUGUCUUCUAGAAGGAGCUGCUUACUGAUAUGAUGAUAAUGUUCAGCAAAUGCUACCUACCUUGCUGCAUCUCAGUUUCUUCCCUCUACAACACAGGUAAUACCCCAGAGGUGAAGCAAAUGAGACACUGGCAAGUCAGAAACAAUGUAUACACACUUUACACAAGCCUGCCUGUGACAGGCUGCUCACAGGACUAUAUAAAUGCUGUGUUUAGUAUAUUGGUCAGUUAGAAUUAACUGGUAUUAUACUAAUCCUACACUUCAGUACUAAUGUUUAGACCAUCAAGAUUGUCAAAUCAAGGCCUCAAAAUUAACACAAGUUCUUGGUCUCUGCAAGGUUAAUUUACUUCUCUAUGUGUACUCUUGAUAUUUAGUUACAUGAAACAUCAUUUUAGGUUACUGACUUGAGCAAUACAGUAGAAAAUAAUACUCCCAUGAAAAAGCAGCCACUCAAUAUUUAGCUUUUUUUUUUGCAUUCAUGUAGUCCUCACCUUAUUCACUGACAUGCUGCAUCAUAUUUAAACUUUCUUAACAAAACUGUUUCUUGUUAACCUUUGUAUGUUGCUCCUCACAAAAGUGUCUAGAUUCUUAAAGCACUGCUUUCAGAGUUAAAUGUGUAAUAUCAACAUCACUCUAAAGCUGUGGGG